AUGGAGCAGUUCUUUGUGGCCGACGGUCUCCCCCACCUCAUGUUUUAUUAUCAAGAGUCUGAGCCCACUGAGGGAGCUGCACCUUCAACAUCCUCCCAGCUGGAUUUUCAGCAGCCUGGUCAGAAAAAGAAAGUGUUUGUGACGGACGGCAGAGACGUGGCGUUGACCGGAGUCUGCGUCUUCUUCACCAGAGCCAACGCUCUGAAGGCAAUAACCUCUGAGAACAUACACAGAGAUGUGAAUUUUAACAUGUUGGAUACAACAGAGGGUGGUCUGUUAAAAAGUGUGGAGCAGCUGCUCUCAGAUAUCUUCAUCCCCACACUGAGGAAGACGAACCAUGGUUGGGGGGAGCUGGCCGCCCCUCAGGCCCAGGCUGUGAAACACGAGUUCAUAACCUCACUUGAAAGCUUCGUGUCUGUUCUGGCCGGUGCACAAGAGAGCCUCCAAGAGAAAGUGACUCUGAAGGAGUGUGACGCGUUUCACGUGCGGAUGCUAAAAAGCCCCGCCGACUACAAGGCUGCAGCCAGCAGCACAGAAACUGUUGAAAAGAUGGAGACCUGCAUGAAAGUGUGGAUCAAACAGAUCGAACAAGUUUUAGCAGAGAGCGACCUGCUCAGAAAGGACGCUGAUGACCUGGGCCCUCGGGCCGAGCUGGACCACUGGAAGAAACGGAUGUUCCGCUUCAACUAUCUUCUGGACCAGCUGAAGAGCCCCGACUUCAGGGCCAUACGCGGCGUGCUCUUGAUGGCCAAAUCUAAACUUAUCAAGUCAUGGCAGGAACUGGACACUCGGAUCACUGAUGCAGCCAACGAGGCCAAAGACAACGUCAAGUACCUCUACAGCCUGGAGAAGUUCUAUGAUCCUCUCUACAACAGCAAUCCUGUAUCGAUGGUUGAUGCAAUCCCAGGUUUGAUUAAUGCCAUCAAGAUGAUUCACAGUUUCUCUCGUUACUACAACACAUCAGAAAAUAUCACAUCUCUUUUCAUCAAGGUUACAAACCAGAUGAUCGCUGCCUGUAAGGCUCAUAUCACUAACAAUGGCUUGAACUGUUUGUGGGACCAACCUCAGCAAGUUGUUGCAGAUAAACUCAAAGCUGCAAUUCGCCUAAAUCAGGAGUACCAGCGGUGUUUCCGUAAAACCAAGGAGACGUUGGAACAGAGACCCUCGGAGAGACAGUUCGACUGCAGCGAGAUGUACAUCUUUGGGAAGUUCGAUGCAUUCCAGCGCCGCCUCAACAAGAUCCUAGAAAUGUUGGACACCAUAUCCACCUACUCCGCUCUGCAGGACUCCAAGAUCGAAGGACUUGAAACUGUGACCACCAAGUUUCAGACUGCAGAAAUGCAGGCAAAAUGGGAGGCUAUUGUGAUGAAUAUGAAGGAAAAACAUUACAGUUUCCUGGACCACAAAAGAACUGACUUUGAUGUCGACUAUGAGCAAUUCUGUAAAAACACAUCUGAGCUCCAUAACCAGAUGAAGAGUUUUAUGGAUAAAACCUUUGAAAAGAUUCAAAACACAGAAAGAGCUUUAAAUAUGCUGAAAAGGUUUGAGAGACUGGGCAUUCCCAACCUUGGCAUUGAUGAAAAGUAUCAGAGUACUUUCCAGAAUUAUGGCCAUGACAUUGAAAUGAUUUAUUGCAUUUAUACGAAACAAAAAAUGGACCCACCCAUUGGCAGGGACAUGCCACCGGUGGCAGGUCGGAUCAUGUGGGUUCGUCAUCUGUACAGCCGGAUCCAGGGUCCCAUGGAUCGUUUUCAAGAGCAUCCAAAGGUUCUUUCUACACCUGAAGCUAAGAGGAUCAUCAAGAACUUUAACAGGGUAGCAAGAGUCCUGCUGGAGUAUGAGAUACUCUACCAUCACCAAUGGAUGACAAAGAUGGAGGUUGCCAGGGCAGGCUUGCGGGCCUCACUGCUGGUCCGGAUCCCAGAGACCGGGCAGCUGGUUGUGAACUUUGACCCAGAGAUAUUGACCCAGAUCCGAGAGGCAGACUGCAUGACACAAAUGAAUCUGGAGAUCCCUCCAUUUGCUGCUUUAUUGCAGCAGAAGAAGACUAAACUCAAGAAAAACUACGAUAGGUUAGAGCUCAUGCUGAGUGAGAACUCCAGAGUCCGAGCCAAGAUUCAGACCGCAUUUGAACCGCUGGCUGUGCCGCAUGUUGCUAAGGUGGAUGAUGCCAUACAGCCAGGUCUGAUCUACCUCAACUGGACAUCUCUGAAUGUAGAUAAAUAUCUGAGCAGCAUUGAAAAAACAUUGGAGGAUUUGGAGCUGCUGAUGGACAGGGUGAACGACUUGGUGGAGUUCAGAAUAGAUGCGGUUCUGCAGGAGAUGAGCAGAUCCACGCUGUGUGUCCUACCUGAGGAAGAACCCGCCACCUGUGAGGAAUUUGUUAAAACCACCAGGGACCAGUGCAUCAAACAAGCCCAGACUCUCCACAUGAAGAGCACCCUCGUGGAGGAGGCAGCCAAUGAACUGAUUAACAUGCUGAUGGAGUUUGACCACAGUCAUAAAGAGGAAGAGGGGAAGGUCGAGGAGGAAAGCAACGCUGAGAAAAAAACCAUGGACCACCUGAACACUGAAGGGGAAGAUGAGCACCUCUCAGACAGCCGCCUCUUCUCCAGAAACACGCUGGGCACUGCUACGAGCACUGGUCCUUCAUCUCCUCUGGUGAGGAGGAAGAAGAGGAGGAAUCUGGAAGUCAUGGAAGAGGAAGCCCAGAAGCUGCUUUCCUACUUCAACCACUGCUACAUGGACGCCCUGCUCAGAGUGACACGCAACACAUUGGAGAUGAUACGCAAGAGAAUACACACUUCGUCGCUCACGCCUAUUUUCAGUGAGAGUGAUUCCCUCAGCCAUGGGAAAGGCAGCGGUCAGCAGACUAUCUUCAGGGUCAACGUGACCCUCUCCAUACCUAACAUUGUCAUGGUUCCAGCUCUGGAGGAGGUCCAGCAGGCUCUGAACCAGGCUGUGGAGUGUGUGGUCAGUGUGAGCAAAGGAGUGAGCCAAUGGAGCAAAGACAGAAUUUCUAAGAAGAAAAUUAACGACAGACGAAUGGCGGCUUUGAAACGAGACGGUUCUGAGAGUGACUCAGACAAUGGAACAACGCACAUGAGCAUGGCUGAUGGCAGCAUAUCAGACACCGCAUCUGUGAUUCAGUCCAUCCCAUUCCAGGCCAGAAAUUACUACAAGAGUGUGUCCGAGAACAAGGAAAUUAUCAAGUUGGUAUCGGUUCUUAGCUCCUCCAUCACCUCCACCAAGAAGGAAGUAGUUUCUGCUCUCCAGCGUUUCAGUCGCUACCAUCACAUUUGGAGGAAGGACCGUGAGGAGACCAUGCAAAGAUUCAUCCAGGGGAAUCCCUUGUUAUCAGAGUGUGAAAACCAGAUUAUUUUCUAUCACGAUCUGGAGCGUGAAUUAAACUCUGAGCCAGAGUACAUCACCGUGGGACCCUUGGCUUUAUUCACAGCUUAUUUAAAGAUGUCUCUGACAGCCGAAACUAAGAACUGGAUGGUGGGCUACGGUCUCUACUGUAACAGGAAGUACCACUCCGACAUGGAGCAGAUCUUUGCUUUUAUUGAUGAAGCAGGAAAAAAACUGAACCGACAGAUCAAAGACCUGGACGACAUCCGCAUCGCUAUGGCUGCACUCAAGGAGAUCAGAGAGCAUCAGAUCGAGUUUGACUUUUUAGUCGGGCCAAUUGAGGAGUCCUAUGCCAUGCUUCAUAAACACGAGCUGUCGGUGGCCAAAGAAGAGGUUGAUAAGGUGGACACUCUGCGUUACACCUGGGAAAAGCUGCUGUCCCGGACCGUGGAGGUGCAGAAUGAGCUAGAUGCCCUGCAGCCACACUUCAGAGAAGAGCUGGUUAACAACAUGAAGACUUUUCAAGAGGACUGCCACUACUUUUACCAGGAUUAUGAGAAGGAUGGGCCCAUGGUGGUGGGGCUAGCUCCUCAGGAUGCCAGUGACAGACUGAUCAUGUUCCAGAAUCGAUUUGACAACCUGUUCAGGAAGUAUAUCACCUACACAGGAGGAGAGGAGCUGUUUAGACUUCCUGUUACCCAGCAUCCUCAGCUGCUGGACAUCAAAAAACAGCUUGCCUUGCUGCAGAAGCUGUAUGGCCUUUACAACAACGUCAUCGAAACAGUCAAUGGUUAUUACGACAUCCUCUGGGCCGACAUCAACAUCGAAAGAGUCAACAAUGAGCUGCUAGACUUUCAGACCAGAUGUCGCAAGUUGCCUCGAGCUCUGAAGGAGUGGCAAGCCUUCCUGGACCUGAAGAAGACCAUCGAUGAAUUCAGCGAGUGCUGUCCCCUGCUGGAGCUCAUGACUAAUAAAGCUAUGAUGAUGCGCCACUGGAAGAGAAUAACCGAGGUUACAAACCACACCUAUGAGGUGGAAACUGAUACAUUCAAGCUGAGGAACAUUAUGGAAGCUCCUCUGCUCAAGUUCAAAGAAGAGAUUGAGGACAUCUGCAUUAGUGCUGUAAAAGAACGAGACAUCGAGCAGAAACUAAAACAAGUGAUUGCUGAGUGGGACAACAAGACCUUUACGUUCACAAACUUCAAAACCCGAGGAGAGCUGCUGCUGAGAGGAGACAGCACGUCAGAGAUCAUUGCCAGCAUGGAGGACAGCCUAAUGAUUCUGGGCUCUCUGAUGAGCAACAGGUACAACACCCCAUUUAAAGCCCAGAUACAGAAGUGGGUUCAGAACCUCUCCAACACCACUGAUAUUAUUGAACACUGGAUGACCGUUCAGAACCUGUGGAUCUAUCUGGAAGCUGUCUUUGUGGGGGGAGACAUUGCCAAACAGCUGCCUAAGGAAGCAAAGCGCUUCUCCAACAUUGAUAAGUCGUGGGUGAAAAUCAUGAUGCGAGCCCAUGAGAUGCCGAAUGUCAUUCAGUCCUGUGUGGGAGAUGAAACCAUGGGGCAGCUGCUUCCUCACCUGCUGGAGCAGUUAGAGAUUUGCCAGAAGUCACUCACAGGUUAUUUGGAGAAGAAGCGACUGCUGUUUCCUCGUUUUUUCUUCGUAUCGGACCCCGCCCUGCUGGAGAUCCUGGGCCAGGCCUCGGACUCUCACACCAUCCAGGCCUACCUGCUUAAUGUUUUUGACAACAUCAAGUCUGUGCGAUUCCAUGACAAGGUAUAUGACCGAAUUCUUGCUGUAUCAUCACGGGAGGGGGAGACUGUGGCACUCGAGCGUCCGGUCACGGCAGAGGGGAACGUGGAAGUAUGGCUGAAUGCGCUGCUGAAGGAGUCCCAGCAGUCGCUGCACCUGGUGAUCAAACAGGCGGCUUUGGCCAUCCAGGACUCAGGCUUCCAGCUCACCGACUUCCUGAACUCCUUCCCUGCUCAGGUGGGCUUGCUCGGUAUCCAGAUGAUUUGGACAACGGACUCUGAGGAGGCUCUGACCAAUGCCCGCUUCGAUCGCCGCAUCAUGGCUAAAACCAACCAGCUGUUCCUUGACCUGCUCAAUACUCUGAUUGACAUGACCACAAGAGACCUGGAAGCUGUGGAGAGGACCAAAUACGAGACUCUCAUCACAAUCCAUGUCCAUCAGAGGGACAUAUUUGAUGACCUGUGUCGUUUGCACAUCAAAAGCCCGAACGACUUUGAGUGGCUGAAGCAGUGCCGUUUCUACUUCAAUGAGGACUCAGACAAGAUGGUCAUAAACAUCACAGAUGUGGGCUUUGUUUACCAGAAUGAGUUCUUGGGCUGCACAGAAAGGCUGGUCAUUACACCCCUGACUGACAGAUGUUACAUCACCCUGUCCCAGGCUCUGGGUAUGAGUAUGGGGGGAGCUCCUGCUGGUCCAGCAGGAACAGGAAAGACUGAAACCAUAAAAGACAUGGGUCGCUGUCUGGGAAAAUACGUUGUGGUGUUCAACUGUUCUGACCAAAUGGACUUCAGAGGCUUAGGAAGAAUAGUCAAAGGUCUGGCUCAGUCUGGAUCUUGGGGGUGUUUCGAUGAGUUCAACCGUAUCGACCUCCCCGUUCUGUCAGUGGCUGCGCAGCAGAUUGCCAUAGUUCUCACCUGCAAGAAGGAACGGCGCAAAACCUUUAUCUUCACUGAUGGAGACAAUGUGGACAUGAAUUCUGAGUUUGGCAUCUUCCUGACAAUGACUGACGGCAUCUUCUCUACGCUUUGGAGAAAAACACUGAGAGCAAAGAAAGGAGAGCACAUCUGGAUAGUCCUGGACGGACCUGUUGAUGCCAUUUGGAUUGAAAACCUAAACUCGGUUUUGGAUGACAAUCGAACUCUCACACUGGCCAAUGGAGAUCGUAUACCGAUGGCUCCCAACUGUAAGGUGGUUUUUGAGCCACACAACAUCGACAACGCCUCACCUGCCACUGUGUCCCGCAAUGGAAUGGUGUUCAUGAGCUCCUCUGUUCUCAGCUGGAGCCCCAUACUCGAGAGCUGGUUGAAGAAACGGUCACCUCAGGAGGCAGAGACACUGAGACAGCUCUUCUCCUCCUCCUUCUCUGACCUGUACCGUUUCAGUGUGCAGUCACUAGAGUUCAAGAUGGACAUGCUGGAGGCCUUUGUCAUCAUGCAGUGUAUAAACAUGCUCCAGGGGCUCAUUCCAUCAAAGGAGCACUGUGGUGAGCUAUCCAGGGAGCACCUGGAGCGGCUGUAUGUGUUCGCCCUCAUGUGGAGCACCGGAGCUUUACUGGAGCUGGAGGACCGCAGGAAAAUGGAGCGCUGGCUCAGAGGAAAUGGCAUGAUUUGUCUGGAUUUGCCAGACAUUGCUCCUGACAGCGAGGACACCAUGUUUGACUUCCAUGUCACAGCAGAUGGUCAGUGGGUCCACUGGAACACCAAAGUUGAUGAAUAUUUUUAUCCAUCUGAUUCCACUCCAGAGUACAGCUCCAUCUUGGUCCCCAAUGUUGACAACGUUAGAACAGACUUUUUAAUUCAGACCAUCGCCAAGCAGGGCAAGGCUGUUUUGCUGAUUGGAGAGCAAGGAACAGCAAAGACAGUGAUCAUCAAGAGCCUCAUGUCAAAGUACGACCCAGAGACUCAGAUGGCCAAAAGUCUGAACUUCUCCUCUGCCACCACACCCCUCAUGUUCCAGAGAACAGUUGAGAGCUACAUGGAUAAAAGGAUGGGGACCACCUAUGGCCCCCCUGCUGGGAAGAAAAUGUCAAUUUUUGUAGAUGAUAUCAACAUGCCUGUCAUUAAUGAGUGGGGAGAUCAGGUGACCAAUGAGAUUGUCAGGCAGCUCAUGGAGCAAAAUGGCUUCUUCAACUUGGAGAAACCUGGAGAGUUCACCAAUAUUGUUGAUGUUCAGUUCCUGGCAGCCAUGAUUCAUCCAGGGGGAGGCCGUAAUGACAUCCCACAAAGACUGAAGAGGCAGUUCUCAAUAUUUAACUGCACACUGCCUUCUAAUGCAUCCAUAGAUAAAAUAUUUGGUGUGAUUGGUGCGGGCCACUUCUGCACCCCUCGUGGUUUCAGCAAGGAGGUAACGAGCAUCGUGCCUCACCUGGUUUCUCUAACUCGCCACCUCUGGCAGCUGACGAAAGUGAAGAUGCUGCCGACUCCAGCAAAGUUCCACUACAUCUUCAACCUGAGGGAUCUGUCCAGGGUGUGGCAAGGGAUGCUCAUCACUACAGCUGAGGUGGUCCACUCUGUCCAGGUUCUGCUGGCGCUGUGGAAGCACGAGUGCAAGCGUGUGAUAGCUGAUAGGUUUACAAUGCCCGAGGACGUGCAAUGGUUUGACCAAGCUUUGGUGAAGCUGGUGCCAGAGGAGCUCAAGAAGGAGCACAUGAAAAUGAUUGACUCUGGAGCUGAAAUAUUUUUUGUUGACUUUCUACGUGAUGCUCCUGAAGCUACAGGGGAAGAGCCAGAAGAUUCAGACUUUGAUUUGCCUAAAGUCUAUGAGCCAAUCGAGUCAUUUGAGAGUUUAAGAGACCGUCUAAACAUGUUCUUGUUCCUCUACAAUGAGAGCGUCAGAGGUACUGGUAUGGACAUGGUGUUCUUUCAGGAUGCAAUGAUACAUCUGAUCAAGGUUUCAAGGAUAAUCCGAACUCCAGGAGGUAAUGCCUUGUUGGUGGGUGUUGGAGGUUCUGGGAAACAGAGCCUGACCAGACUGGCCUCAUUCAUAGCUGGAUACCAGAUCUUUCAGAUCACCCUCACACGUUCAUAUAACACAGCUAACCUGAUGGAUGACCUGAAGGGUUUGUACCGAACAGCCGGUCAGCAGGGAAAAGGGGUCAGCUUCAUCUUCACCGACAAUGAAAUCAAAGACGAGAGCUUCUUGGAGUAUAUGAACAACGUCCUCUCAUCAGGAGAGGUGUCCAACUUAUUUGCUCGUGAUGAGAUCGACGAUAUCCUCAGCGACCUCAUCCCUACAAUGAAGAGAGAGUUUCCACGGCGACCACCGACCAAUGAAAACCUGCACGAGUACUUUAUGUCCCGGGUCCGACACAAUCUCCACGUUGUUCUGUGCUUUUCCCCCGUUGGGGAAAAGUUUCGCAACCGGGCGCUGAAGUUCCCGGCGCUGAUAUCCGGUUGCACCAUGGACUGGUUCAGCCGCUGGCCCAAAGACGCGCUGGUUGCAGUCUCAGAGCACUUCCUGUCUGUCUACGACAUAGACUGCUCACCUCAGGUCAAACAGGAAGUAGUUCAGUGCAUGGGCUCAUUCCAGGAUGGCGUUGCAGAGAAGUGUGUGGAUUACUUUCAAAGAUACCGACGCUCCACUCAUGUCACACCCAAGUCCUACCUGUCCUUCAUCCACGGUUACAAGACCAUCUAUAAGGAGAAGAGGUCUGAGGUCCAGAAUCUGGCCAACAGUUACAAAGGAGAAGUUGUUCCAACUGUUUUGUGUUUGGGAAAAAAACAACACAAAGUGUGUGAUGUGACUAUAAAGCCAUCAGACAUUGCCACCGUUCGGACCCUUGGUCAUCCUCCACACCUCAUCAUGAGGAUCAUGGACUGCGUCCUCCUGCUCUUCCAGAGGCGCGUCAAUACUGUGAAGAUCGAUCUGGAGAAAAACUGCAUCACUCCUUCUUGGCAGGAGUCCCUCAAACUGAUGACAGCUGGAAACUUCCUUGGCAGCUUGCAGCAAUUCCCCAAAGACACCAUUAAUGAAGAAACGGUGGAGCUGCUGCAGCCUUAUUUUGAAAUGCCUGACUACAACAUUGAAACAGCCAAGAGGGUGUGUGGCAACGUGGCUGGCCUUGCAUCCUGGACCAAAGCAAUGGCCUCGUUCUUCUCCAUCAACAAGGAGGUCUUGCCCUUGAAGGCUAACCUUGCAGUGCAGGAAAGUCGUCUGACCGUCGCCAACGUGGACCUUCAAAAAGCUCAGUCUGAACUGGAUGCGAAGCAGGCAGAGCUGGAUGUGGUGCAGGCAGAAUACGAGAAGGCCAUGAUGGAGAAACAGAUGCUACUGGAGGACGCCGAGCGCUGUAGACACAAGAUGCAGACAGCGUCCAGUCUCAUUAGUGGACUUGCUGGUGAGAAGGAGAGAUGGACGAAGCAGAGCAAAGAAUUCGCUGCUCAAACCAAACGCCUCGUCGGAGAAGUCCUGUUGGCCACAGCGUUCCUCUCAUAUUCUGGCCCCUUCAAUCAGGAGUUCCGUAAUCUUCUGCUGAGCAACUGGCAGCAAGAGAUGAAGCAGCGGUGCAUCCCGUUUGGAAACAACCUCAACCUGACGGAGCUUCUCAUCGAUGCUCCCACCAUCAGUGAAUGGACCCUCCAGGGUCUUCCUAAUGACGACUUGUCCAUUCAGAAUGGCAUCAUUGUGACCAAAGCUGCUCGCUUCCCUCUUCUUAUCGACCCACAGACACAAGGCAAAAUUUGGAUCAAGAACAAGGAGGCUCACAACGAGUUGCAGAUCACCUCACUGAACCAUAAGUAUUUCAAGAACCACCUUGAGGACAGUUUGUCUCUCGGUCGCCCGCUGCUGAUCGAGGAUGUGGGGGAGGAGUUGGAUCCUACUCUUGACAAUGUUCUGGAGAAGAACUUCAUCAAAACUGGCUCCACCUACAAGGUUAAAGUUGGAGACAAAGAGGUGGAUGUGAUGAAGGGCUUCAGACUUUAUAUGACCACCAAGCUUCCUAACCCAGCUUACACUCCUGAGAUCAGUGCUCGCUCCUCCAUCAUCGACUUCACCGUCACCAUGAAAGGACUGGAGGACCAGCUGCUGGGCAGAGUCAUCCUCACUGAAAAACAGGAGAUGGAGAAGGAGAGGACAGACCUCUUUGAGGACGUGACGUAUAACAAGAGAAAAAUGAAGGAGCUUGAGGACAACCUGCUGUACAGACUGACCAGCACACAGGGUUCACUUGUGGAUGACGAGAGUCUGAUUUUGGUUCUGAGCAACACAAAGCAAACAGCUGAGGAGGUCAUCCAGAAACUCCAGACUGCUGCAGAGACCGAGGUCCAGAUCAACUCUGCCAGAGAGGAAUACCGACCUGUGGCCACCAGAGGCAGCAUCCUGUAUUUCCUGAUCACAGAGAUGAGUAUGGUCAACGUCAUGUAUCAGACCUCACUCAGGCAGUUUCUGGGACUUUUUGACCUUUCCCUUGUUCGAUCUUCUCAAAGUCCCAUCACCAGCAAACGGAUUGCCAGCAUCAUAGAGUUUAUGACCUUUGAGGUGCAUAAAUAUGCUGCACGGGGUCUAUAUGAGGAGCACAAGUUUCUCUUCACUUUGCUGCUGACACUGAAGAUCGACAUGCAGAGCAACAACGUCAAACACGAGGAGUUUCACACACUCAUUAAAGGAGGUGCAUCUCUGGACCUAAAAACCUGCCCCCAGAAACCUUCCAAGUGGAUCCUGGACAUGACCUGGCUCAACCUUGUGGAGCUCAGCAAACUGUGGCAAUUCUCUGAUAUACUGAAUCAGAUAAGUCGCAAUGAGAAACAGUGGAAGUUGUGGUUUGAUAAAGAAGCCCCGGAGGAGGAAGUGAUUCCAAACGACUACAACCAGAGUCUGGACUGUUUCAGACAGCUGCUUCUCAUCCGCUGCUGGUGUCCCGACAGGACCACCGCACAGGCUCGUAAAUACGUAAUGAGAUCAAUGGGGGAGAAGUACGCUGAAGGGGUGAUUCUUGACUUGGAGAAGAUGUGGGAGGAAUCCGACCCACGGACACCUCUGAUCUGCUUCCUUUCAAUGGGAUCCGAUCCAACUGACUCCAUCAUCGCGCUGGGGAAGAAGCUCAAGACCGAGACCCGAUAUGUGUCCAUGGGACAAGGACAGGAGGUCCAUGCUCGCAAACUGUUGCAGCAGACGAUGGCUAAUGGAGGCUGGGCCUUACUCCAGAACUGCCACCUGGGUCUGGACUUCAUGGACGAACUAAUGGACACGGUGACAGAAACAGACUUUGUCAACGACAGCUUCCGUCUUUGGAUGACGACCGAAGUCCACAAACACUUCCCCAUCACGCUUCUGCAAAUGUCCAUCAAGUUCACCAACGAACCGCCUCAGGGUCUGAAGGCGGGGCUUAAGAGGACCUAUGGAGGUAUAAACCAGGACCUUCUGGAUGUCAGUAACAUGGUCCAGUGGAAGCCCAUGCUCUAUGCUGUAGCAUUUCUCCACAGCACGGUACAGGAGAGGAGGAAAUACGGCCCUCUGGGAUGGAACAUCCCCUAUGAGUUCAACCAGGCCGACUUCAACGCAACGGUCCAGUUUGUUCAGAACCACCUCGAUGACAUGGACAUCAAAAAGGGUGUGUCAUGGAGCACAGUGCGAUACAUGAUCGGAGAGAUCCAGUACGGUGGUCGUGUGACUGACGACUAUGACAAGCGCCUCCUCAACACCUUUGCUAAGGUGUGGUUCAGUGAGGACAUGUUUGGUCCAGCCUUUAACUUCUACAAGGGCUACAGCAUCCCCAAGUGCUCCAUUGUCGACCAGUAUCUGACCUAUAUCCAGAGUCUUCCAGCCUACGACACUCCAGAGGUGUUUGGCCUCCACCCCAACGCAGACAUAACCUUUCAGAGUAAGCAGGCUAAGGAUGUCCUGGACACCAUCCUUAGUAUUCAGCCUAAAGACAGCUCAACAGGAGGGGGGGAGACCAGAGAGGCAGCUGUGUCCAGGCUCGCUGACGACAUGCUGGAGAAACUGCCUCCUGACUACGCACCAUUUGAAGUGAGAGAGCAUCUACAGAAAAUGGGCCCUUUUCAGCCCAUGAACAUAUUCCUCCGUCAGGAGAUUGAUCGAAUGCAGCGGAUCAUAGUUCUGGUCCGAAACACUCUGACUGACCUCAAGUUGGCAAUUGACGGAACCAUCAUCAUGAGCGAGAACCUGCGGGAUGCUUUGGACUGCAUGUACGACGCUCGCAUCCCUGCCCGCUGGAUGAAGGCAUCGUGGGCCUCCAGCACCCUGGGAUUCUGGUUCACAGAGCUGCUUGAGCGAAACCGGCAGUUCCAGGCUUGGAUCUUUGAAGGCCGUCCCAACUGCUUCUGGAUGACAGGCUUCUUCAACCCACAGGGCUUCCUGACAGCCAUGAGACAGGAGAUCACCCGAGCCAACAAGGGCUGGGCCCUGGACCGCAUGGUGCUGUGCAACGAGGUGACCAAGUGGAUGAAGGAUGACAUCAUUCACCCACCCACAGAGGGGGUCUACGUCUACGGUCUCCACCUGGAAGGGGCUGGCUGGGACCGCCGCAGCUGCAAACUCAUCGACUCCAAACCCAAAGUCCUCUUUGAGAUGAUGCCCGUCAUCAGGAUGUUUGCUGAGAACAACGGUAUGAAGGACUCUCGCCUCUAUUCCUGCCCAGUUUACAAGAAGCCAGUGAGGACGGACAUGAAUUACAUCGCAGCGGUGGACCUCAAAACUUCUCUUCCUCCAGAAUACUGGAUCCUCCGUGGGGUGGCUCUCCUCUGUGAUGUCAAAUAA